CUCGCAUGGGAAGCAAUCAUACAACGAAUGCGACCACCAACUUGUACGGCACGGGGGGUAAAAAAUCUCCACACACAGCCUGCACAAGCGCUGGCCCCAGCAACUUUCUGUCGUCAACACCGUCAACAUACGCCUCUGCUUCGUGGGGUAAAUAAUUUCGCGAAUCGCCUUGUGUUUGUGCGUACCAAAAAAAAAAAAGGGUGACACGCGUGCAAGUGUGUGGCUGCCGUGAAAGGGUACGCGGAAACGGCAAAUCCGUCUCGAAAGGGUGUCGUGUCGUUCGGGCGGACGGAAAAUCUCUCCUCCCCACUCGUCUCAGGCGCGCACCUGUUCCGUCCGUGCACCGUAAUUUGGGGCCCGAGUAGGCGCUGGCAGGCCCCAGAGGGGGAAGUGGUGUCUACUGUGGUGCGUGUUGAAUAUGGCAUGGCCCGAGCGAGAUGAGUGAGGCCAGUAAAACCUAAAACCAAACAGAAACCACACUGCCUAUCUCGUGGUUGUGUGUGUAUGUGUAUGUGUGUGCGUGCGCGUGUGUGUCUGGCUUCCUGUGUUCCCGAAACAUUGUACCGUGUGGGGUGUGAGAUUUUGUGCAGCGCGCUGUGACGUUGUGCGAAAGAGGCAGGCAAAGGAAGAAAUGUGAGCAAAAAGAAAACAUACGAAUGUGUGCAAAAAAGGCGAAAUAUUUGGAGCACACACACACGCGCGCGCGAAACGACCCAACCGAGGUGUGUAUGUGUGUGCGUUCAUUUGGGGUGAUGGGGUGGGGGGGGGGGGGGGGUAGGUGAGAGGGUUGCAAAUUUCGCGAGUGUACACUUUGUGCAACGAAAAAGCAUCGAGAUUUCUUGCCUUCCUUCGCUCUCCAACUGCACCAAACCCCCCGGGUCUGGUGACCUCGAAAGAUGAAAACAUUCCGUGCCAUUGCAUAGGCUGGCCAAACUCAGUGCCAACCCACACAUAAUCGCCUCGGUGUUCUCGCGUGUGCGUGUUGUAGGUGCUGUAGUGAUCCAAGUAUGCGUACUUGUGUGGUCACACGGUGGUCGUGUAAGCAAACAUCAUGCCUGGAAGGCUUAGGCAGGAGAGCAAAAAGUGUCCCAUCCGACGUCAUUUCUCCCAUAUGAAGUCGUGCCACUGAUUGUGUGCCGAUAUGUCGGUGUGUGUGUGUGUGUGUGUCUCAGUAGUGUAACAACAAUGACAACAAUAACAAUGGCAGCAGCAGCAUCAGCAGCAGAUUUCAUCCGAGUAGAAAACGUCAUCCGUCAUGUCUCGCGGGCGCAGUGAAGACGGUGCGAAAGAGAGACGAGAAGAGAAAAGAAAUCAUAUGAAGCAAAACACGGGGGGGACAGCAAGCAAGCAAGCAAAUGAUAAAAAAAAUCGACACCACACGGCAUAUGCUGUCAAAUCGUGUUAAUUUCGAGCUAGAGAGAAAACACACUCCUCAUUCAUCCUGCUGCCCGAAGACAACCGUUUCCAUUACGAUAAGAAGGUUCAAUAAUGUGUGCAAAAAGAAGUAAAAUAUGCUGAUCGGUGUGUGUGUGUGAGUAAAGUGCGUUAUCCAUAGUGCUGAUAUGCGGUACGAGCGAUAAGCGAUCAAGAGUAACUCCGACGAGUAGCUUAUCAAAAAGGGGGAGCUUGUUUAGUGGUCGACGUGUCUCGGUGUGUGUGUGUGUGUGUGUGCUUACGAGAGUGAUCAGAAAAUCCGUAACAUGAAUUGUGAUUCUCUGCAUCAUCCCCGAGUUGGAAAUAGUGCGUGUAACUAGAGGAAUGCAACCGCUCGCAGCAUCCGCCGAAAAGUGUUGUUUUCGGUACAGUCCGGUCUUCCAAGCAGCUUAAGCGUAGUGUGUGCUGUAGUGUGCAGUGAUUGUUGUAGUAGAAGUAGUAGUAGUAGUGCCAAGAGUACCAAGACCAGAGGCGCUAGCGAAAAGGAUUCAUCACUCGGUCCCGCCUGUCAACCGUUCUGUUGUGCGUUAUUUGGCACGGUCCGGCCAGGUGGCAGGUAGCAGAAGGAGGUAGUAGCGAUUUGUUGUCCGACACCGCAAAGCUGACGGCGCCGCGCAGCCGCUUCGUUGAGACCGUUCAAACCGAACCGGGACGGUUCGUGUUGCGGCGAGCGACGGAAACCACCAGCACGACGGCGGCAACCAGCGUGGUGCCUGCGGUGCCAGCGAGGAGCAAGGCCAAACCAGGCGCUUCCUGAAAAAUGCCUCCGCCGCCGCCGCCUGGACCGCCACCACCUCCAGGGCCGCCGCCCCCGCCGGCCCUGAAGCUCGGUGGCGGUGCACCGUCGGCAGACGGGCGGAACGCUCUGCUCCUUUCCAUCCAGAAGGGUGCGAAGCUCAAAAAGACGGUUACGGUCGACAAGAGCGCACCGGCCAUUCAGGGCAAGGUUACUUCCGAUGGAGGAGCGACGCGGGCAAACAAUCGGGCACCUGGCCGGCCAACCGGCGACGAUAGUGCGCCGGCGGCAGCAGGGCCGACAAUCGGCGGUGGACAGCCGAAGCUGGGCGGCCUGUUCGAGGGACUGUCAUCGAUGCCGAAAUUGAAACCGGUCGGCAGCAGAACGGGAGCUGGCACAGGAAACGCACCUUCGGCAGCAUCUGGGUAUCAGCAGAACAAAACGCCCUCCCCGGACGCCUCGAAAGGGUCGCCGAUUAACAAUGGGCGGCUGGGGAAUGGUGGCGGUUCCGCCGCCGCCCCGCUAGACUUCUCCGACGAGCUCGCGCAAAAGUUAACGCUCAAAAAACAGAAACAGCAGGGGAGCAUCAGCAGCAACAGCAGUAGUGGUAGCGUACCUCCCGCCAUGAACCCUCCCCCAACCGUGCCGAACGAAGCGAACCUGCGACUGAACCGAGGACCACCACCGCAACCCCCAACAUCGAUCCAACGGCCAUCCGGAGACAAUUCGGCGUCAAAGACCGCACCGGCACCGCCCUCCUCCAGUCAGAAAAGCCAAGCACCUGCAACACCCAACCACCUGAAGCUGGCCGUAUCGAAACCAUCGUCAGCCACGAACGGACCAAUGUCCGCUAUCCACAGCAGUGCUGCUGCCGCUGCUGCCUCUACUAGUCCCACCAUCAAUGCAACCGGCGGCAGCGCUCCGAUCCCGAACCGAUCUGCCCUGUUUGGCGGUACCACGACGACGACGGUCCCAACGACGGCUAACAGCAGCAUCGCCAUGGGUAAUGGUAGCGUGCCGACGGUGGCCGCAGUUCCGGUAGCACCGAAACCGGUACCCAAUUAUGGCAAACCAAAUCUAGCACCGAAGCCCCCGGGCAUGCAGCUGGGUGGGACGGCCGCAGACAGUGGCAGCGGGACACGACCAACCGUGAGUCGGCAUCAGAGCAUGCGAAGUCCAAGGUCGCCACCGGUUUCGCAAACCGCACCAGCGUUCCCUGCCAAUCACUUCGGUACGAUGCGUGGACCACCCUCGUCAGCGGCCAUGUUCCAAUCGUCGGAAUCGAUUGUACGACCUGUGCGGGAAGUAACGGGUCGACCAUCCGCACCACCGCCAAAGCCUCCCACGAUGAAACCACCGCCACCGCCGCCGGUGCGGAGCGUCAGCAAUACGAACCUAACGCACCUGCCUCCCUCGCUCAGUCUGGCACCGUCGUCGCAGGACAACACCGGCGGCACCAGCUCACCGGCAACCGAACCGACCACCUUCGGCUCGGUCAACAACGUGUCCUCGCUUACGCUGGCGGACGAGCUGCGAGCGAAGGUGUCGAACGUGAACCUGUCGGUCGCGGGCUCGUCGGCCAACUCCAUUUCGACCGGCAACUUGAGCGUGCUCGGUGGUGGAAGCACGCUGACGAAAGGUGGCAGCUUGAAAACGACUGCCGCCCCGCCGCUACCACCGCAUCGGACCAGCCCCGCACCACCUCCACCAGUUCCGGCGUCGACGCUGAACUCGGGUGAAGCGCCCGUACCACCACAACGCAUUUCGUCGAUCCGCAAUUCGGCCGGUAGCGGCGGCAGCUUACCAGCGGUACCCACUGUCGGCAGCGUCACCAGCAGCAGCAGUCACAAUCAGAGUCAUCAUAGUCAAAGCAGCACCGUCAUUAUCACGAGCACCUCCACAUCAGCUGCUGGUGGUGGCGGCAGUUUGCACCGGAAGGACACAUCGCUAACGUCGGUCAGCAGCAGUUCGUCGGCGGCGGCGACCAGCAGUAAGAUGCCCCUGCCAGAGAUCGACCUGGAGGCGAAGUACGCGUUCUACUUCCACAAGGUGACCGAGUUUCCGCAGCCGAUACCGUUCCUGAAUGUGCCCAAAAUCUAUCAAAGCGAACUGCGGCAGCAGCAGCAGCAGCAGCAAGGUGCCGCACAACCGCAACCGCCCCAUCGGCAGUAAAAUUCGCCCUCCGGUCACUGAGGGAAACGAUCCAACCUAACUGCGGGAUGACGGAUGUAGAACGCUUGCCUGAUGCUACCAAACAGCGCAGAACUGCAUAUCCGGUUGCAAAAACAGUAUUUACGCGCAGACGAACGUCACGAUGCACAUUAGCAUUCAGAUGCACCCGUAACACACACACGCCUGUGGCUGUUGAACAUCAAUGCGAAGAAGAGAAACAAAUCGACACGUGAUUAUUAAGCUCAAUUAUUACGUUUGUAGUAGUACAUUGCCGAUUGAUCGAUCGAGCACCUGAAGCGCGCGGACGGGUGAAACAGGUAAAAGUGAUUUAAAUAUGCAUUAUGCACACGGACACACAUACACACAACACAUAAAACACACACAUAGGAACCACCCUUUUACACUUAGGAGCGUUACACAGGCGAUAUAUUACCCGUAAUGGCGGAAAGAACUAAAAUCGACACAAAAAUUCCUGGACAAAAGGAUACAUAUAUGAGCGGCAAAGAAAAGCAUCAAAUCAUAUCAAAGGAUAAGCAAAACAGUAGCAGAAAAACAAACGUUUAAACGCAGUAAUUAAAUGUAUCUAACUAAAAGGCAACACAGUAUCGCUACUAAAAUCUACUUAACAUAAAUAGCAAACCUAAAUUUACUUCGAACGCAGUAAAACAAAAAGGGUGAACGAUUCACUGAAAGCGUCGUACGUUAUCGUAAUUGGCAUUUGGAGGGAAAGAAAUAAAAAAAAGGAAAGGAGAGAAAAUCAUAUUUAUCGCACGCAAUGAACUGUAAUGGAGCCAGCAAGUAGAAACGUAUAAAAUGUACAUAGUGAUACAAUCGGAAGUUGUUGAUUUUUAGUUGAAGAUUCGUUUCAAAAUUUAGCAGGAUUAAUCUGUAUUAAUCGUACAUACACACACACUAGGGUUAGGGGAAAGAAAGAGUAGAUCGUAGAGUAUAGCUACACACUGUUAUUAAAAAAAAAGGUUCGAUAGCUGAGCGUUUUCAGACCGUUUUCACACCCUUUUCCAUCCCAUUUUUCGAAACCAACAACACACCCAUGUUUACCUCUUCUAAUGUGUAGGAAAAAAAACCCACCACGGGGCGGGCGAUGUUUCCGUGUUGUGCGAGCCAUCGAGCCAUUUCGAGAUUGCUGCAGCUCGUAUUAUUCUCGCACGGAAGCGCACUGCAUUUCGAUUGGGAGGAGAAGGUGGACGUAUUUAGUCAUUUUAUCGGAUUGUAUUUUUGUUAUCGGAUCAAACUAUCGUAUAAUGGCAUCAGUGUCAAAGGCGUGAUAUGCAACGGGCGCGUCGAAACAUUGCCGCAUAGAAUUGUUUUCAUUGUAGGAUCUAAAUCAUACAUCCCCUCGUAACCAUUAAUAAGCAAUGUUCGAUAGAAAAGGCGAUCUACUGCGCGUGCGUGUUAUACGGUGCAAAGAGAGUGUAGAUCCGUUAUGUUGUGGAAUCCUUCUAACAAAAGCAAUCGACGCGGGUGUGGUCAACACUCGGUGCCCUGGCAUUAGUAGCGUAAGAACAAACGGGGCGAAAGGGGGGACGAACAGUUUGUGAAGGUAAUAGACAAUUUAAUCAUUUGGGGAACAAUCAUUGCAAAAACAAAAGGACAAAUAAGACAGAACAGUGAGUUAGCGCGCAUCCGGGAAAGGGAAACCGUUUAAAAUCAGUGUUGUAUCAGUGUGUAUAAAGAGUUGCGCAGUAACUGCGCACAAGAAGCGAGCCACGCGAGCUCUAGAUGGAGGCAUACUCGGGUGCGUUACCUAUUUGCGGCAAGCGUGACAGAACAGAAGGCCAUGAAACAUGGACCAUCGGUGAUCGGUGAUUGGUGCGCAGCGGCAAGGCUUUACGCACCGACGUUGCGCAUUGGCGGGACCGAUCCACAGGAGGCAAAGGAAACGUGCAGGUGCACAGUAAGGCACACACACAGACACAUAAAACCCACAGACGAGAGAUAUGUAUUCGUGCUCGGGCGUUUCUUUAUUAAUCCCAAUUUGUUAUUUCAAUUUGUUGUAAAUAUGAAUUAAUAUCAGAACAAUAUUUAAUCGUAAAAUGGUUCAUAGAUACCGAUGAGAGAGCCGUUGAGAGCGGAAGGGGGUAUAGGGACGGGAGACCGAAGUCAGUGCAAACGCGAAACGACUGCAAACAAUAACAGAUGAAAAAUUAAACAUCGUAUCCAGUGUA